UACCUGCGCUGAGAAACCUACUGCGACUGCAAAAUUAAGAGAUACAAGGUUUUUGUCGUGCCACCUGCUUCCUCGACAAUACAGCAGCAUUAUUUAUCCGCAUAAUAGGUGAUUUGGUCACCAGCUUGACUUUGGGUUUGCGGUUGCAAUUGAGGCGCAAGUUGGACAGUGUCCGUUCAGAAAUGCGUCGCUGUUUAUGACAUACUCGGGGCAAAUGAGCAGCAGCCGCGCGUGGCAGCGCUGCCUGGCAGCGUUGCUGCUCUUGCUCACGGCGGUGGCGUCCUCACACUCGGAGGCAAUCAGCCCUCUGGAGCACGUUCUGCCUUUCUACACGCCGAAGAUUACGCACGCUGGAAGAGGCGUGGGCUACUCGCGCUGGGCAGACGCGACCAGCUCAACCAGGCGCAAGCUUGGCGUGAAUGCCGAGUAUAGUUAUUGCCUCACCUCCCCGACGAAAAGGUGUUAUCCGUGCGAGAAUGGAUACGAUGACGACCCAUGCGCGACUGAUGACCUGUACGGCCAGGAUGACACAAAGUGCAGCAUGCCGUACUACUACUACGGCAAUGUGGACGAUGAGAGCAUCUGCGGCGAUGAGGUGCGGCCCAUGAACGUGGGCGCGCUGGAGCUGAAGGCGCUGGUGCCCUCGCUGCUGCCGGGCGGCGGCACCACCCUGUACUCGCUGGGGCAGAUGUAUGCCUUCAUGCAGGUCAAUGGCAACCUGACGGUGACCCUGCGCCUGGACUGCCCCUGGCUGGCGGUGGUGGACGCGGGCCGGGCCGGGGCCGCCAUACAGCUGAGCGUGGCCCACCCAAACGGCACCGUGUGGAACAAGUGGAUCAACCUGACGGACACGGGCAGCAGCUUCGUGAGCUGCGCCUCCUUCACGGUGCCCGCCAAGCGCCCCAACCCCGCCCUGCCCGGCGACAACGGCUGCGACCCGCUCACCUACACCGUGUCGGCUCGCUUCCUGGCCGAGACCCACCAGGCAGACCCCGCGGUGGGCACCGAGCCAGCCACCUGCAGCGUGAACGAUGAGGCCACAGCCAACACACGGCUGUACUACUCCAUGGACUACACGCCCAUCCAGUUCCGGCCGCCCAGCCCCCCGCCCUCGCCGCCGCCCUCGCCGGGCCCGCCGCCCUCCCCGCCGCGGCCCUUCAUCCCCGACUCCCCGCCGGACGCGCCGCCGCCCAACCCGCAGCCGCCCAGCCCCGAGCCACCCAUGCCCCCCGUCAUUCCGCCCAGCCCCCCGCCGGGCCCCAUGGUGUUUUCUCAGGGCAACGGGGCGGGCUGCGCCCACUCGGACCCCGGUAACUACACGACCGUUUCGGGCACCGCAGCGUCGGGCCCGGCCGUGACGUGCCGCGAUCAGGCGGCGUGCCUGGACGUGUUUUACACGGACGACUGCAGCUACAACAUCCCCGUGAACGGAGUGCUGUACACCUAUUGCCAGGUGUGCCUGCUGUGGCAGGACGCAGCCACCAACGGCCGCGGCUGCCCCAAGGCUGGCACCGGCACGCUGUCCCACGUGUGCGCCGGUGACGAGUUCUCCGCCGUCCUGAGCGGCAGCGGCGCAACCCCCGUGGUCGGCGCCACAGCCAAGCGCAACACCUGGUACCAGGGCCGCGCACAGCGCUACUGCACCUGGGCUCGCUGGACCGACUCCCAGUCCACCGUGCCCGUCUCCUUCACAGUCAAGGACGGCUCCGGCGCCUGCCUGCCCGCCGCCGACUCCCCGCCGCUGUCGGUGGUGCUCAACGGCAUCCCCGCCACCUGCCAGAACCCGCGCACCGUGGGCGGUGUGCUGGCCGGCUGCGGCACCGGCGACCAGCCCAACGAGUGCCUGUGGACACUGCAAGUGUCCAAGCCGGGUGCGCCCGGAUACAAGUGCCCCUUCCGGCCGCCGUCGCCGCAGCCGCCCAGCCCGGCGCCGCCUAGCCCAAGGCCGCCUAGCCCAGCGCCGCCGGCGUCCCCGUCGCCACCUCCGUCGCCUCCUGCUCCACCUGGGCCACCCAGCCCGCCGCCGUCGCCGCCCUCGCCGCCGGCACCGUCGCCGCCGCCAAGCCCGGUGCCUCCCAGCCCCGCGCCACCGAGCCCUGAGCCGCCUUCCCCUGAGCCGCCAAUGCUCCCGCUGCCUCCGUCGCCGCUGCCUCCCAGCCCGGCGCCUCCCUCGCCCGUGCCCCCAAGCCCGGCUCCGCCGAUGCCGCCAGCACCGCCGUACCCGCCGAGCCCGCAGCCGCCGUCGCCGCCGCCCUCGCCGCAGCCGCCGAGCCCGCCGCCGCAGCCGCCGUCGCCGGCACCUCCCUACCCGCCGAGCCCGGCGCCGCCGCUGCCUCCAAGCCCCCCGCCGCUGCCGCCCAGCCCGCCGCCCUCGCCUCCGGAGCCGCCGUCUCCCUCGCCACCGCCCUCGCCCGAGCCGCCCAGCCCAUCGCCGCCUCGGCCUCCUUCGCCCGAGCCGCCCAGCCCAUCACCGCCUCGGCCUCCUUCGCCUCAGCCGCCCAGCCCGCCCCCCAGCCCCAAGCCGCCGCAGCCCCCCGCUCCUCCGUCUCCUCCCUCGCCGCCGCCCGCGCCAGCGCCGCCCUCACCCGAGCCCGCUCCCCCCAGCCCCGUGUCACCUCCGCUGCCGCCUCUGGCUCCGCCCUCCCCUCCUUCCCCGCCCCAGCCGCCCUCACCGGCGCCCUCGCCACCGGCGCCCCCCAGCCCCGAGCCGCCCUCGCCGCCCUCCCCGCCCUCCCCUCCCGCUCCUCCCGCGCCUUCGCCCCCGCCUCCCUCCCCCCGGCCGCCGAGCCCUCCGCGCCGGCCGCCCCGGCCUCCGUCGCCGCCGCCCUCGCCCGCGCCGCCCUCCCCCGCGCCGCCGGCCCCGCCCUCGCCGCCUCCGGGCCCGGGCUGCCUGCAGGUGUCGGCGCGCUCCGGCAAGUUGUACGGCACCAGCGACUUCCUGGAUUUCGGCAGCAUCACUGUGCGGCCGCACAACGCCACUGCCAUCAGCCUGGACCUACAGCUAGCGACGGUGGCGCCCCUGCCCGGCUUCGGCGUUCCCGCCUUCUCGCCAUCGCCGUCAAGCAUCGGCGUGGAGCUUCGCAGCUUCUUCACCUCCUCUUCCUGCCCCAACGCCCCCUUCCUGGGCAACACCGCCGCGCACCGCCACCGCCACCGCCAGCUGCUGCAGGCCGCCGGCACGGCCUCCUCUGCGGGCACGCGCACGGAGCGGCCCUGCACCAGUGCUGCCGGCGGCGGUGUGGGUGAGGUGCUCCUUGACGUGGCCCCGCUGCUGGGCUGCACCGUGGACACGCCGCCCACCACCCUGACGCUGCAGCUGUGGUUGGCACUGGACAGCGUGGCUGCGGACUCCUGUGCGGCGGGCCCGCAGGCGCCGGCGACCACGCUGUGGGCUGGCACGCCCUUCAGCCAGGUCCUCCCCGCCCCCGACAACGGCAACACGGCGUGCGCCUACAUGAACGUCACACUGGCCUGCGGCUUCACAUACGAGUGCCACAACGUGCCGUUCCCGCCGCCCCCCUCGCCACCCGCACCCCCCCUGCCGCCCAGCCCGGCGCCGCCUAGCCCCGUGCCGCCCAGCCCGGCGCCGCCCAGCCCACGGCCGCCACACCCGCCUCCGCGCCCACCCAGCCCGGCACCGAACCCUCCUGUUCCUCCCAGCCCACCGCCACGGCCUCCCUCUCCUCCGCCCUCUCCUCCGCUGCUGCCGCCGUCUCCUCCCUCGCCCCCGGUCCCGCCCAGCCCACCCAGCCCGACACCGCCUAGCCCCUCGCCGCCUCUACCGCCCAGCCCGGCACCCUCGCCUCCUUCGCCGCCGCUGCCGCCUUCACCGCCGCCGUCGCCGCCGCAGCCUCCCUCUCCGUCGCCCCCUCCGAGCCCUGAGCCUCCCUCGCCGCCGUCACCGCCGCAGCCUCCUGUUGGCGGCGGCAGUGGCAGCGGCAGCGCGUCACCCCCACCAGGUAGCAGCGGCAGUGGCAGCGCGCCGCCGGCCCCUCCCAGCCCUCCGCCUCCUCCUCCAAGCCCUCCGCCUCCCCCCACGCCCCCCAGCCCGCCGCCGGAGCCUCCUUCUCCGCCUUCGCCGCCCCCGGCACCGCCGUCCCCUCCCCAGCCGCCCUCGCCACCGCCCUCCACCACCGGCGGCUCCGGCAGCCCUGGAUCCGAGCCCGGCAGCAGCGGAUCCACGCCCGGCGCUGGGCCCUCUGGAUCCAGCCCCGGCUCCGGCCCCGGAUCCAGCCCGGGCAGCUCCGGAUCCGGAUCCGACGUGCCUCCUUCGCCCGCACCCGCCGGCGAGUUCGUGCUGCCCCCCUCCCCCGCGCCGCCCGCGCCCGCCAACUCCACGCCCGUGCUGUCGGCGCUGGUCCUCCUCAACACCACCCUCGCGCCCGGAGACCCCUUGCCAGUCGUCCCCGGCGCCGUGGUUUCGUUGGACUACAACUACCUAACCGCCACCGCCCGGUUCCAGGGAGAUUCGCCGUACGCGUCGUGUGAUCCCGCCGUACAGGGCGCGCUGGUGACGGUGCUGGCGGGCAGUCUCAACUUCCCCGCCGCCAACGUGUCCACUGCGUGUGCGCCCGACAGCGGCGGCGCCGCGCACCACCGACUCAGCCGGCGGCAGCUGCUGGGACGUGACCUCAUGGAAACGACCUGCCUGCCCACCGUCAAGUCCGACAUCACCUUCAAGGUGAACCCCUCCGUGCCCAUGGACGGCUUCAAGGCGGCCGUUUACGGAGCACUUGGCAACGGCGGCAUCGCCGGCGUGUGCCCCCUGGGCCUGCUGGCAGGCAGCUGGGCGGUCACCGGCGCGGCGCUUCGCGCCUUCAUGCUGCCCGGCGGCUCCGUGCCCAACUGCGCCGCCUUCGCCAACGUGCUCACGACAGCGCUGGCGGCCUCUGGCGGCACUGCCGCCGGCGGCGCCACCGUCAGUGGCUGCGCCGUGGCCCAGAUGGCGCCCGGCGACGCGGCGGCGAUGCUGGGUGCCGGUGCCACCACGAGCUCCACCGCCGCGGCUGGCAGCAGCAGCAGCAGCGGCGGCGGUGUGCCCAUCGUGCCUAUUGUGGCUGCAGUGGUGGGCGCGGCCGUACUGGCGGCUGCCGCGCUUGCGCUCUACAUGUACAAGAAGAAGACCGGCUUCAACGUUUCUGCCCAGGCCGAGCCCGGCAAGGCCGACGCAGCCGGCGGCCCCGCGGCCCGCGCCGGCGCCCCCCCGGGCGGCCCCGAGGGUGAGCCCGCAGGGCCCGACGGCGGCGCCGGCGGCCCCGGUGGCGCCGGCGGCGCAGCCGGAGGCGAAGGCGCCGGUGCCGUGAACUGGGCCACGCCCGCCGCAGGCGCGGCUGCCGGCGGCGCAGCCGCCGUGGGCGGCGGCGCCCUUUUGCGCAAGCUCUUUCGCAACCUGUCCACUGCCGCUGCGGUCACGUUCGGUCGCGACGCCAGCGUCGCGGCGGCGGCCGCUGCAGCCCUCGCCGCCGCCGGCGCGGCGGGCGCGGCGGGUGCGGCGACGCCCGCCGGCGGCCCUCUGUCCGGUCAGGCCAACGCGGCUCGCGCCAUGAAGGGCCCCAACGCCGUGCCAGGCGAGUGGGAGGACAACAUCAUCUCCGAGGUGCCCGACAUUGAGACGCUGGAGGCUGACGGCGCCGGCGGCGCCGGCGGUUUCGGAGCAAGUGCUGGCGGCGCCGGCGGCGUGGGUAUAGGGUUGGGCGCCGCCGCCGCCGGCGCAGCGGCAGUUGGCGCGGGCGCCGCUGCGGCGCACCGCACCGGCCAGGGCAUGAGCGGAAGCGAUGCCACGGCCGGCGCCGGCGCCGGCGCCGGUGCUGGCCUUGGUGUGGAGGGCUCUGGCGUUGGCGACGCCAACGCCGCCGGCCUGCCCGUAGGGGCCGCGGCUGCGGGCGCGCCGCCGGACCUGCUCGGCGACGGCGGCGCAGCCGCCGCCGCUGCUGCUGCCGCGGCAGCGGCCGCCGCCGGCGCUGGCGCUGCUGGCGCGCACAAGGCUGUGCUGCCUCCCAUCCGCGCCCCCAUGAACAAGCUGCCGCAGCUCGACCCCUCCCUGGCUGGCCACGCGCCCGCGUUUGGCGCCGGCUCCGCUGCCGACAAGCUGGUCCUGCCCACACACGCCGGCUACGCCGGAAGCGCCGCGGACAUGGCGGCGGCUGCCGCCGCCGCCGCCGCGCUCGGCCUCAAGGGGGCGCUGCCGGCCAUUGCGGCUCGCAAGUCGGCUUUGGCCCCGCUGCAGCGUCCCAGCGUCGGUGCCAUCCCCGAGGUGGGCACCAGCCCCGGUGCCGGCGGCGCCGGCGCGGGUGCAGUCGUCGGUGGAGCCGGCGGCGAGGGCGCCGGUGCCUUCGGCGCCAGCGCUGGCGCGGCGGCGGCCGCCGCCGCCGCGGCUGCUGCCGCCGCCGACCCGUUCGCCAAGCCGGUGCUUCCGGGUCUGCGCAACGGCUCCACCGCUGGUGGCGCAGCGGCCGCUGGCGCUGGCGGGGCCACGGCCGGCGUGGCCUCGGCGGCGGCGUUGAUGCCCGGCACGCUGCCGACGGCGUCGUUGGACCACGCGGCUGCCCGGGCUCUGGAGGAGCAGCUGCGUGCCGGCAAGAUUGGAGGCGGCGGCAUGGAGGCUCUGGCCGAGGAGGCGAGCGCCGGCGACGUGCGUUCCAGCAACAUCAACCUGUUCGUUCGCAACCCCGACGCCGCGGCCGCCAUGGCGGCAGCUGGCGCAGCUGGUGCCGCCGCCGGCGGCGCCGCCGGCGGUGCGGGCGCCGGCGGGCCCUUGCUUGGCAGUGGCUACGCCGCGGCGUCCAUGCGCCUGCCCACCCUGCCGGACGCGGGCUCGUCCUUCACCGAGGCCGCGGGUGCGGCCAUGGCUGCCGGCGCUGUCGGUGCCGCAGGCGCCGCAGGCGCUGCCGCCGGUGCGGGCGGCGGCCGCGGCGCCAUGUCCCGUUUCUUUGGUGGCGGCGGCAGCAGCGGCGCUGAUGUGCAGGCCCUCAAGCCCGGAGAGACCGGCAAGAGCAUGCGCUUUGGUGGCGGCGCAGGUGAAGGCGGCGCCGCCGGCGGUGCUGGAGGCGCCGCAGCUGACGCCGCAGCCGGCAGCGCUGCCGCCGGCGGCGCGGCCGGUGCUGCCGGUGGCGGUGCUGCUGCCGCUGGUGGUGGCGGCUUCCUCUCACGCAUGUUCGGCGGCCUAUUUGGCGGCAACAAAUCCGCAGCCGCCGCCGCCGGAGGCGCUGCAGGAGCCGCCGCUGCUGGCGCCGCCGCGGGCGCCGCUGCCGGGGGUGCCGGCGGCGCCGCCGCCGGCGGAACCGGCGCGGCCGCAGGCGCUGCGGGCGCGGCUGUCCAGUGGGCAUCGCCUGCUGGCAGCCCCGCUCUCAAGGCCGGCGCGGGUGUCGGCGGUUCGGCUAUGGCCCGCACGGGCGGCGCCGCGGGCGCCGGCGGUGCCAGUGCUGGUGAGACUCUACCAGAGAUGGAUGAGGAGGCAGCGUUCGGCGCCUCCGCAGGCGCGCUGCACGCAGCCCUGGGCGCGGCGGCCGGCGCCGGUGCUGCUGGCGCUGCCGCGGGCUUCGGCCUCGGCAUGAGCCCUGGCGCCCGCCGCGGCACCAGCAGCAACGGCAUGGCUAUGGGAGGCGCGGCGUCGUCGCCGGCGGGCCGCAUGUCCGCCAACGGUGCCGGCAGCGCAGGCCCCGUCCCGCGCACCUCCACCAGCGGCAUUGAGGCGGCGGCUGCCGCGGUCGCCGCCGCUGCCGCCAAGCUUUUCUCUGCCGGCGGCAGCGGCGCUGGCGGCGGCAGCGGCAGCGGCCGCGGCUCGCCGAGCAGCAACGUCGUCCGCCGCGGCAGCGGCAGCGGCCUGCCGUCCAUCUUCAUGCACAACAACGCCGUGUAUGCAGAGCCACGCGAGGCCGCCUCCACCGCCGCGUUCGGCGUCGGCGCCGGCGGCGCCGCCGGCGGCUUCUCGACCAACAGCGACCCCGACAUCCGUGGCGGCGGCGCCGCCGGCGGUGGCGAGUUCGCAUCGACGCUGGGCGCCGCUGCCGGCGCGGGCGCGGGCGGAACCGCCGCACCGCGCAUGUCACAGAGCGGCCCACAGCGCUUCGGCCGCACCAGCGUGGACAUGGAUCCAGAGCUCGGCGUCGGCGCUGGCGGCGCCGCCGGAGCGGCCGCCGGCGCGGGCGCCGGCGGCAACCGCACCGUGCGCUUCAACAAGCCUGGCGGCGGCCUCAGCGGCGACUUCGAUCCCGAGAUGGGCGCCGUCGGCGGCGCGGCAGCCGCCGCUGGCGCGGCGGCGGGCGGCAACCGCACGGUCCGCUUCAACCGCCCUGGCGGCGCCACCGACGGAAGCUUUGACCCUGAGAGCGGUGCGGCCGCUGGCGGCGCGGCAGCGACUGAUGCGGCCGCAGGCGGCAACCGGACCGUGCGCUUCAACCGCCCCGGUGGCGCGACCGACGGAAGCUUCGACCCCGACGCCGCCGCUGCUGGCGGCGCUGCCGCAGGCGCCGCCGCCGCGGCGGGUGGCAACCGUACGGUUCGCUUUAACCGCCCCAAUGCCGGCGGCCACGGCGACCUGGACGAGGACGAGGCUGCGGCCGCGGCCGCGGCGAUGGCGUUGGGUGGUGCAGCCGCCAGCGGCAACCGCACCGUCCGCUUCAACCGGCCCAACGCCGGCGGCCACGGUGGCGAUUUUGACGCGCCGCCGGCGGACCUGCCCGCGGACGCCGCCGCCACGGCGGCGGUGCGUAACGGCAUGCCCGCGAACCUCCGCGAUUUCCAGCGGCCCGGCGGCGGCGCCUCCGACGGCGCCUUUGAUGCUGAGGCUGCGGCGGCUGCCGCCGCCGCCGCCGCAGCUGCUGGCGGCGCUGCCGCCGCCACUGGACGCGCCGCACGUGAGGUCAAGUUCGCGCCCGGCCUUGGUAACCUUCCCGAGGACGAGGUUGCUGACGGGGAGGACGGCGGCCGCGGGGCCGGCGACGGCGAUGCCGGCGGCCGCGGCGGCAACGCCGGCACGGGCCACCGCACCACCCGCCAGUUUCGCUUUGCCGACAUGCGCGCCGGGCGCUCCAUCGCCCGCGACGUGGACAUGGAGGAGCUGGACGAGGGCGUGCCGGGCAACGGCGCGCGGGCGGAGGAGCCGCCGCCGGAGAACGCAACUGAGGAGGAGCGCCGCGCCUACGAGAUGCGCCGCGCCCGCAUGGGCACCUACGGCGACGGCAAGAUCGGACCCGUGGACAACAUCCAGCUGCAGCGCGAGAUGCGGCGCAAGGCCAUGCUGGAGCAGAUGAAGAACAACGCCUGGUCCAGCUUCAACCCGCGCACCGCCGAGAAGUGAGGCGUGGCGUGAGCGCCACGGGGCCUUGUGCUCAUGCGCUGUGCUGCGCGCUGCGCGCUGCACAGGCGAGGUGGAGGGCUGGGCGCGGCACGGGGAUGCGUGCGGAGGCUACCAGGGGCUGGUGCUGGGUAGCACAGCAGCUCAGGCCGAAGCCCGGGCAGGAGCUCGUGGCGAAUGGCAGUUGCAGAUCGAGUUGUGAGUAACAACAGCCGAGACUCCGAACUCCGUUUACGUCCGGAAAUGUACAGAAGCAUGUGUGAUUACGUCGCCUGACUUCCUGACUUGUUCUUGGGAGGCAAUAUGAAGGCACACAUUAGGGACUCCAUGCAUGGUGUGUCGCGCGAUUGGUGAAUGUUGCGCUGGCCGCUGACUGCUCGGACUAAAAGCACGCUCCGUAAAGGCGCGUGUGAUGUUUCACACCUCAGGCCGCAAUGCCUGUGAGUUUACACACAGCUUAUUUUCUCAUCACGAGUUGAAUGGAUUUGGCACGGCUAAAUGUUGAGCGUGUCCCGUGCGCCAGUCGUAUGUUCAGACCUGGCGCUUUGGCCAGCUUUGGCGUCCAUUGUUUGCUUUUAAGUGUGAAAAUCUCAAUCGAAACCCACCCCCGCAGGUGGGUUGUAGCAUGCGUGUGGCUGACUGGGUCGAUUGGCGGACUGCCACUGCUCCCUUCACCAUGUUGACAAACUGCAUGUCAACAAAGCAUCCUCACUCACAUACCCCGCAUCGCCUGCCCGGCAAGUGAGCUCGGCGGAUGUGACUUGAUCGCGUGCUUACAUUUUGUGGUACACGACACGCCUUCCUCUCCUUCGCGUAUGAACGGGGUGGUGAUGCAUGGAGAAUGGCAGGGCAUGGUCGCCGUGUUCCGCACGACGCAGGAGUUGUGCGCCCUUAAUGUCCCAGCACGUUGUGCGACGGUAGACAAAUUCUUUGACGCAAUUACAUAGUCCAAAUUAAUUCUUGACACGGGGGAGAGGCAUGGGCAGGGAUGUUGAUGGUGUGCAGCAGCGUGCGACUGCGGGCUUCACUGCAUCUGACGUUGACAGCGCGACCGUUGUGCCAUCACGUUGCGUCGCGUGCUGUUUGUGUGUGAGUGGCUCUCUGGACCGCGCUGGAAAGCGCUGGUGCGGGCAGGACUGUACUGCAGCGGGGUCAUGUGCUUUGUCACGCUACGGCAUGGGCAUGUUUUGUGUGUUACGUUUGGUCACAUAAGUUGUACGAUUCAACAAGUACAUAGCCCGAAUUGCAAAGCUCGUGAAUGGCCGCUGCGACUUCACAAGUAUUCCAUGCUUGCUUAUUGGCUGGGUGAGCCAAAUGAAGUGCAUCUACCGCCGGAAUGCGGGGCACACAUUCGAGGUCAAGCGUGCUUUGUCGGUCGGUUCCGUGCUCGCGUGCUCCUGUCUGAACAAGAGGGGUAUGUACAUACACCGCGCACGGAAGAUACCAUGGUUGCUUUCGCCUCUGUAAUGCGAGGAUGUC